GCCUCCUCCUUCCGGCUCUCCCCUCUUCUCCUCUGGACGGCGCCCUUCCUGGAGCUUUCCGGUCAUCGUGGCUUGGGGGUUCCUGAGUGAAAUGUAUGUUAAGUGUCAACUGAUACAUCUUGAGUAGACAUCCUAGCUGCUUAUGGUCAGAAAGUUAAGAAAUCAUGAGUAAAAUACCUCAAAUCCAUAUUUUCUUUGGAGCACCAAUUAUUCCAUCAAAUACAGCAGUAUCACAAGAACAAACUUGUUCAGCAACCAAUGCUGAUCCUUGGAAAAUAACUCAGCUUUUAUAUGAUCACUGUUCUUUAAAUGUUAGUGCUGAAGCAUGCAGGUGUGGUCAUCUUGAAUGCCACCAUGCAAGUCAUCCAGUUCCUGUUAAAGAACAUGUCAUAGUGAACUCUGAUAAAACUAGAUCUUGGCGUGAUGAUGACUAUUUAACAUGUGUUCCUGAAACGCAGUGUAUAAAAUCCCAGAAUAGUGAUCCUUCAAUGACAAUUGAUAUGGCCUACUAUAAUCAGCAAAUGCCUGGAUUUGAAAGCAGAGUUCAACAGCAUUUAAAUGAAAGAAAAUGUCAUUAUCCUGUGAAUGAAAAUGAUAAAAUCACAGACCAGCAAAAGAAAUUUGAAUCAAAUUCCUGUUUCUACAGUCUCUUAAGAAAAAAUUCCCAACCAAUAAAUCAGGAUUAUUCUGAUAUCUGGGAUUUGGUCUGCAGUACUAACCAGAUUAAUAUAGAACCAGAAAUUGCAGAAAAUGAUCAUAUGCCAUCAAAAAAUCAUGAGACAGUAAACCAUUAUCCAGGAUUCUUUUCUCCCCAAACAACAGAUGAGCCAAAGUCUAAGGGAGUAAUAAGGAAGACCUCAAGCUUCAGUACAUCAGCAGACAUUGAAUUUCUUAGUAUUAUGACAUCAAGCAAGAUAGCCUUUCUAGCCCAAAGCCUGGAUAAAGAACAAAGUUUUCCAAAUAAAGGAAAUACAAGCAUGAAACCAGAACAAAAGGAAAGUUGUAGGGAAAUGAGACUAGGAAAUUUCAGUAAUUUUGUGGAUGAACCAAAUCAAGCAAGUUCCCUUGAACUUUUUAGUCCUAAUUGUCCUGAGCCAACAAGCAACCUCACUCCCUUAAACUGUAACAAAGGAACCAAAGAAAAUAUAGGAUCACAAGAACUUUUCAAAACUCCUAAUGAACAACAGCCUACAGAGGAUUUUUGUAUUGAGUCAUUUAGCACAAGAAAAAUGUGUUCCCAACAAAAUGCUUUCUGUAAAGUUUCUAUUAAAAGAAAUCGAACAUCUGAAGAUAAAUCAGGUCCUUCGAGCACUGUAUCAGAAUCCCUCCAGGGACCCAAGAGGAUUAAGUCAGUUUGUUCUCCAGAUGCCCAUCAAAUCUCUUCCAAAGUUUCUCCUGAAAGAAAUGUAUCUAGGUUUGGCAAGUUCUUAAAAAAAACAUCUCUGCUUAAAAACUGUAUUUGCAAAAGCCAGAGAUAUAAUUGUUUGGUUAUGGCCUUACAUCCAUGUCAUGUGAAGGAAGUACACGUAAAAACAGGACCAAAUUCUGGCUGUCAAGUUCCUUUGGCAACUAUUACAGUAACUGACCAAUCAGAAAUUAAGAAGAAGGUUGUGCUAUGGCGUGAUACUGCCUUUGGUGUGCUAACAGUAUUUCCUGGAGACAUAAUUUUACUAACAGAUGUCACUAUACACAAUGACCAGUGGUAUAAGGAAACAGUACUGCAGUCUACAUUUACGAGUCAGUUAUUGAAUCUGGGGAGUUGCUCAUCUGUCCAGCCUAAAGAAUAUUCCUGUAUAGUCAGUGUUACAGUUCUGCAAGAUUUAUUGCGGUAUAUCUCUUCAAAGCAUUCCUACAUCGUAGAUCUUCCUUUCAGACAUCCUCAGAAAUUGGAAAGUAUACAGUAUGUAGAAUUGGACCAGCUUCAGCCAAACACAUUAAUCCAUUCAAUACUAAAAGUUGUCAGUGUCACAAUAAUAACAGAGGCAGUAUAUGGUUACAGAGGACAGAAGCAAAGAAAAAUUAUUUUAACAGUAGAACAGGUCCACGACCAACAUUUUAUACUUGUAUUAUGGGGUCCUGGAGCAGCCUGGUACUCAGAGGUUCAAAGGAAAAGGGAGUACCAACUCAAAAAUCCCUUAUUGUGGUUCAUCUUUUCCCCUUGCAAGAUUAUACUCAACCUUGCAGAUCAUCUUUGGGAGUUUAAGUAUCUCCUCACUCAACAUAAUUCCACAUUAGGAAAUCUAGAAUUGCAUACGACCCCUUGGUCCUCCUGUGAGUGCCUCUUUGAGGAUGACAUGAGGGCAGUUGAAUUUAAAGCAAAGUUCCAAAAAAGGGAAAGUCCCCUUGUGAAGAUCUCACAUUUAUCUGCCCUUCUGGAAGAGAAGCGCUCGGGAGUGGUUCAAGUAAAAGCCCAGAUAUUAGCAUUAGUGUUUCCUGUUGCUGCCCAUGCAAGCCGACAGCUUGUCCUGGAUGCUAACUCUUCUCUGGAGGAUAUUCUGAUGUGUCUCCCCACCAUUGUGUAUUCCGGUUGUGGAAAAUGUGGACUGGAAUUAGAAACAGAUGAGAACCAGAUCUACAAGCAGUGUAUCAGCUGUUUGCCAUUUACUAUGGUGAAAUUGUACUACAGGUCAGCUCUAAUGACUGUGUCUGAUGACAGGAACAAGGUUCGCAUUCAUGUAGGAUCAGAGAUGAUACAAAAGAUUCUUCUCAAUAUUCCACCUGAUUGGUUAAGCAGAGUUGUAGUCCCGUUCUCAGGGAUCACAUAUGGGAUGGUUGCAGCGGACCUAUGCCACUCACUGCUAGCAAGCAGAGAAAGAGCCUACACACUGAAAAUUCAGAGCCUUUUUAUUCUAGAUGAAAACAGCUACCCUUUGCAACAAGACUUCUAUCUGCUAGAUUUUCAUACCGACUUUGAAGCAUGAUUCUCUAUAACCAUUUAAGCAAUCAGAAGAACAAACUGCUGGUAAUUGGAGGAGAAAUACAAUGAAAUGAUUUUUUUAAAUGAAAUGAAGAAUAAGACUUUUUACCUUGGGUUUAUGUCCAAAAAAACUCCCAAAAAAUGUAGCAAAAAGAAUUGUGCAUAUUUACAGGCUCCAGAAAUAUUAACUUGAGCAUAUUCUUUUUAUUUUUAA